UUCUUGCUCUUGGGGUGAGUAAGUGAUGUGUGCACGCAGGCGAUGGAGGUGCGAGAUGUUCUGUGAGCAAAAAACAUCCCCGGCUUUUUGCUUCAAAUGCCCCUAUGCCGAUUUGUGGGUAUCAUACAUGGGAUGAAGGAGUACAAAAGAAUUCCAUUCGAACACUAGUAAAAACAGUAUGCAAUUCGGCGUUCCCCCGUUGCAGACGAUUUUGUAGCCCUGUGGUUACUAAAGUCCUAUAAUUGCGGAACAGGUAUCGAAGUGAAAUGCUCAGGUACCUAACCCACAAAUUAAAGACACAAUCAUUGAACGAAGCCGAUUCUUAUCCGUCUAAGAAUGAUGAUGACCACGAUUCGGGAACAGAAUCUGACGACGAAGGUGCUGAUGCCGAAGAACUGGAGAAAUAUAUGGAUGAUUCCUUGCACUGCGACGUCAGCUCCGCGCCGUCGGACCGCGCGAGCAGCACACUGGACACCAUCACGGACACGACGACGGAAGGGGGCGGGGCGUGCGGCGCGGGGGCGGAGCUAGAGAGCGCCAGCCCCAACCUCCUCGACUCCGCCCUGCCCAGCGACAGCGACCCGAACCUCGAGCACCACAGCUCCGAGGAGGAACUCGAAGUGAUAAACAGCUGCACCAAGUACCCGGAGAAGCGCAAGUGGUCGCAGGUGGCCAACAUCCGGCUCGGGUCCGGGUCCUCGGACGAGGAGGUCCGGGACCUGAUGUGUGCCUCGGCGCCCGUCGAGUUCCGCGCCUCGCCGCCCGCCAACGUGCCCAAGCCCAGCCGCUCGCUGUCCCCGCCCCCCAAGCUGUUCCACCACGCCUCCAACGCGAUCCCGCCCCACGAGCUGUGCUCCGUGUCGCCGAGGAAGCGCCACCGACGCACACUGCUGACCACCACGAGUACAAACGUCGUCGUUCACCGGCCCUCUCUGGACUUCGAGAAAAUGCAACAGAAUCGCCGAAAGAGAACGCCGACCAGUAUCAUAAGAGGGAAGUCUUACAUCUUGUGUGAAAAUGUUUAGGAAAAGUUUUUGGAAGUGUUUAUCCACAAGUAAUUUUUUACACGGAAUUAGGCGUUGAAGAAUUAUUUCUGGAAUAAACUAUUGGAGGAAGGGAGUGACAAUUUAAAAGUAGAAGAUUCAUCUCUGCCCUGUAAAUUUAUAAUCUUGGCUUUGCCACUCGAAAUGAAGCUUCUGAAGAGGUUUAUGUGUUCAUAGUGUAUUUAUUGAUAAAACUUGUGAAAAAACAAACAAACAAAUUCAUGUAUAUUAUAGGAUAUUAAAAUAAUUGACG